AGGGGGAGGGGUGUCCCGUCGGCAGCCACAGACAGCAGGCAGCAGCUGCAGCGAGAGCACCGGCACCGCUUCUCCGCAUUCACACGUCCAGACCCACCGAUUCCAGGCCCAGACGCACCGGACGCAGCGCACGACCCGCCGUGACCAUGGUAGACCGCGAACAACUGGUGCAGAAAGCCCGGCUGGCCGAGCAGGCGGAGCGGUACGACGACAUGGCAGCUGCCAUGAAAUCGGUCACAGAACUGAAUGAAGCACUAUCCAACGAGGAGAGGAACCUGCUCUCUGUGGCCUAUAAGAACGUGGUGGGGGCGCGGCGUUCAUCCUGGCGCGUCAUCUCCAGCAUCGAGCAGAAGACGUCAGCUGAUGGCAACGAGAAGAAGAUCGAGAUGGUCCGGGCCUACCGGGAAAAGAUCGAGAAGGAGCUGGAGGCCGUUUGCCAGGACGUGCUCAACCUCCUCGACAACUUCCUGAUCAAGAACUGCAACGAAACGCAGCACGAGAGCAAAGUGUUCUACCUGAAGAUGAAGGGCGACUACUACCGCUACCUGGCCGAGGUGGCCACGGGUGAGAAGAGAGCCGCGGUGGUGGAGUCGUCCGAGAAGUCCUACAACGAGGCCCACGAGAUCAGCAAGGAGCACAUGCAGCCCACCCACCCCAUCCGCCUGGGCCUGGCUCUCAACUACUCCGUCUUCUAUUACGAGAUCCAGAACGCCCCUGAGCAGGCGUGCCACCUGGCCAAGACCGCCUUCGACGACGCCAUCGCCGAGCUGGACACCCUCAAUGAGGACUCCUACAAAGACUCCACUCUGAUCAUGCAGCUGCUACGAGACAACUUGACGCUGUGGACGAGCGACCAGCAGGAUGAUGAGGGAGGAGAGGGCAACAACUAGAGUCCAAAACCUCAUUCUCUGCCAAAACUACACAACACGCGCGCUCACAAAUGAUGACAAAAUAAUAAGAAUAGUAAAAAAAAGACAAAAAAAAAACAACAAAAAAAAAUGUUCUUAGAAAUUUUAAAAAAGGGGGGGGGCCGGUGGAUCUUCGGCUGAACGUUUAGCUAGCCGAUGGUACUAACGCGGCUGCUGUUCUUUAUUUUUCCACAAAUUAAACGUGAAAAAAGCAGGAGGGAAUUUAGUUUGAGAUUAAAAAAACAAACAAACCUAACAUUAAAGAAUGAAACCCCCUCCUCGAUAGCCUCUGCAGCAUUUGCCAAAAUACCACUUAGAUGCAAGAGGUAUGUCAUUCAUCUCAGUGUGACUAUUGGUGACGAUACCUUCACACUGGCAGAGACUGGUCUUAUCGCGCAAAUGAAGCCGAGCUGUCUUAUUGUAUUCGACGAGGGGGGCGGAGCAUUCGGAAAUCCAGUUUGACGCUUGAGCAACAAGAAAAUUAGAGUAACCUUGAAUGUCGUGGCCUCGAGGACAGACCGGGUGAGAGCGGAGGGGUUUUACCGAGAUGGAGGCGGGGUUUUAGAGGCGUCACACUUCAUCGUGUAACUUCAAAAACCGACGUGGCAUCUUUAGUCGCACCACACUACGACCGUCGAGUGAACAGCAGGUUGUCUCUGUUAUUGAAGAUAACAUAAAAAUGUUUUUGUUUGCUUUGUGUCAGGUAUGUGUCCAGCUCAGUCACACAGUCAUACUGUAACUAAAAUACCAAUUCAUGAAGUAAACUUAGUGCAGCUUGUCCCUCUCAUGUGCUGAUGUGCUUUAUUAAAUAAAUUAACUGUUUUUGGACACCUAAUUCUUAUUGUCAGUAUUGUCGUUACUAUAACAACUUAUAUUGGCUCCUGUUUGUAGAGAAUGAUUUGAUUCACACAAAUAGAGAAGUGACACUAAUGGGGAAGCUCUAAAAACAUGGUGAUUAUUAUAAUAAUAAUAAUAAUGAUACUAAUAAUUAGACGACAGCUGAGUCCACCCUAACUGCUGAGUGAUCUUCAUAACAAUCAGAACCACAGACUCGAUUGGUGAACUCGGCAGAAGCACAUGUUCAGUGGAAGACUUAAAAACGCAGAUUUGAGGUUUGUGGAUUUACUUUGUCUUCAGUUUCUUAUUGGUCAAGAGAUGCACUUGCCUAUUAAACUGUUUCUUCAGUGUAAGAUGAUAACUGCUCCAAUAUUCUCCAUAAUACAAUAUUGUGCAUGCUGGUGAUGUAUUUAUACAGUAGCUUCAAUUUAUUAACUUAUACUGUAGAUGUUAUGUAUUCAUAUGAACAUGGAAUUAAUAGACCUUAAUUGGAUUCUUUUCUAUUUAUUUCUUUUUAUUGCGAUUGUUAGCUAAACCUUAUUUUAAUCUGUGUUUUCUUUACUCCAUUUGCUGACGUACGCUAUACCAAAACAGUGAUUGUUAACAAUAAAUUGAUCUGUUACAGACA